CAGCUGUAGCGAGCGACCUGGUCAGCCAGCGACAGGUCCCCUGCUGCCCUAUUUGCCGGUUCUUGACGUGAAUGUCGAAACAUCUUUCGGGAAAGCUCUUUGGGGCAGGAGAGAGACACAGCGAGAGAGGGAACACAAGCAGGGGGAGCGGGAGAGGAAGCAGGCUUCCCGCGGAGCAGGGAGCCCGAUGCGGGGCUCGAUCCCAGGACCCUGGGAUCAGGACCUGAGCUGAAGGCAGAUGCUUAACGACUGAGCCACCCAGGUGCCCCAAAGAUUGUGCUAGAUUUGUUGCUUUGUGGAGUCUUACCAAAGAUAUUGCAUUCUGAGCCUGAGAAGCCAGCUUGGAAUCUAACAGUUUGAUCAGUCGACCAAAACAACCCUAGACCGAACUGUGGCUCACACCAGCUGACACUGGAGAAGUUCCUCUCAGUAAGGAUCGCAUUUCUCAGAAGGAAUUAUCACCUGUUUUAAGUGUCUUAUCUUACAAGUACAUUCCACAGGAGUCCCCUGAAGAAUCAGAAUUCAGAAGGAAUCUCUUAGACAGACUUCAUUCCCUCCCUGACUCAACUGGGGCAGCAUUUUCGGACAGUCUCUGCCCAGAAUGUCAGGAAAAGCUGCAGGCCUGGCCUACCAUGCUCCAGAAGAACAAGAAGGACUUAUAAUUGUGAAGGUUGAAGAAGAGAAUUAUGUUUGGGGGCGGGACCUUGGCCUUCAGGGAGACCCCUGCAGCCCAGAGACCUUCCGCCAGCGUUUCAGGCGGUUUGGCUGCUCUGAUUCCGAGGGGCCCCGGGAGGCCCUGAGCCGGCUCCGGGAGCUUUGCCAUCAGUGGCUGAGGCCAGAGGUGAACUCCAAGGAGCAGAUCCUGGAGCUGCUGGUGCUGGAGCAGUUUCUGAGCAUCCUGCCUGAGGAGCUGCAGGCCUGGGUGCGAGAGCACCAGCCUGAGAACGGAGAGGAAGCCGUGACCCUGUUGGAAGAGCUGGAGAAAGAGCUUGAUGAGCCAAGGAAACAGAUCGCAAGCUGGCGGCUGACAAAGUAUUAACAACAAAGCAAGAAAUUAUGGAAUGUGUAGCAUCAGCAGCCAUGAUAUCCCCAGGAAGACUCCCUGGGGAAACUCCUUCAGGACAGAUGGUUGAAGAAGCUUUGGGAG